AAGCGCGCGCUAUCGCAUGCCGCAGAAGCCCACCGGCAGAUUGUCGAUUUCCCUUCCAAUACGCUUCUCAGCAGCCCAAUGACAAAUGAAGAUCGUCGGUCUCCUCAGUGGCGGCAAGGACUCGUGCUUCAAUCUUUGUCACUGCGUUGCACAAGGACAUCAAGUCGUCUGUCUCGCUAGUCUUGCUCCACCCAAGGGCACAGAUGAGCUCGACUCGUACAUGUAUCAGACUGUGGGCCAGGAUGCCAUUGAGACCAUAGCACAGGCCAUGCAGCUGCCGCUUUAUCGCCGCAUCAUCACCGGCAAGGCGCUGGUGCAAACGAUGCAUUAUGGCUCAGAAGGUGCCACAAACGGAGACGAGACAGAAGAUCUGUAUGAGCUGCUGCAAAACAGGGAACAUCCGGAUGUGCGAGGGGUCUCAGUGGGCGCCAUCCUGUCCAGUUAUCAGCGUAUUCGCGUAGAAGAUGUUUGCGCACGCCUCGGCCUGACUUCUCUGGCAUACCUCUGGCAGCGAGACCAGAAUGAGUUGCUUGAUGAAAUGGCACAAGCUGGUCUCGUGUCCGUCUUGAUCAAAGUCGCAGGUGCCGGACUGCGCACGCGCCAUCUCGGGCAAAGCGUGACCAGCUCACCAAUGCGAGAAGAGCUGCGACGGUUGCACGCAAAGUAUGAACUGCAUCCAUGCGGCGAAGGCGGCGAGUAUGAAACUUUCACGCUUGAUUGCAGUCNUUUCAAACAACGCAUCGAGCUAGACAGAGCUAGUGCUUAGCUCAGCCAGCGAAGACGAUUUCUCAACGGUAGCUCAUCUUCGGAUCAAGCGAGCGAGACUGGUCGAUAAGUCACCAGUCAUCGAGUCACUCACUGUGCCUCCGCUGCUUGACGAAUACUAUCUCGAGCUUUUGAGGCCAUCAGGCGGCUCCUCGAUGCCGCUCCCGUCAAGCCCGCGAGACGCGAUGCAGUCGGCUUUUGCCCC